AUGGACAGAGCCAACAGAGUUGCCGUGAUUGGCAUAGGAUCAUUGGGCCUCGUCGCCUUGAAGAACUGUCUAGAAGAGGGCUUCGAGGCGAUCGGCUUUGAGAGGAGCUCAUACGUUGGUGGCCUCUGGAAGUACACCCCAGAUGAAAACAAGACUUCUGUGCUUCCAACCACUAUCGUCAACAUUUCUAAAGAGAGGAAGUACCAAGUCAAUGCUCGGCGAAGCAAGUUGAAGAUUACCUCGAAAGCUACGCAGAUCACUUUAAGCUACGUCCUUUCAUACGUCUCAAUACGCAAGUGGGACAAAUGGGUCAUUGAGAUCGAUGGCUCCCCCACCGAAAUCUUUGACAGGGUCAUUAUCGCAACAGGCAUGAACCAGACGCCCAACUACCCUGAAAUUAAGGGUAUCCAAUCUUUCCCCGGCCGACAGGUGCACUCGAAAUCGUUCAAAAGACCAGAAGAGUUCAAGGGGAAACGUGUACUCGUUGUUGGUUUUGGGAACAGCGGCGCUGAUACGGCGGUAUCCCUCAUCGGACACGCGAAGAAUAUUUAUAUCUCACAUAGAGAAGGCGCUUAUGUUAUUCCUCGCGUCAACAAGGGGAGACCUAUUGACCACACAAUCAACGUCCGCUUCACGAAAGUUCAGGCGUUCUUGGAAUACUUCUUUCCCAAGGCGAGCGAGAGCCUUUUCAACAGGGUGGUGAAGGGGCUGCAAGACAAUAACUUCAAAAUUCGACCGCAGUGGAACCUCUCUCCAGCCCCGUCUUUGAAAAUAACCAGUCCGGUGGUGUCAGACGAGAUCAUUCCCGCGCUGGAACGUGGAGACGUGGAGUCUGUAGCUGGCAUUGGUAAAGUUACCGGCGACGAGGUUGAGCUCACUGACGGCAGACUUCUUCAAGUGGAUGCCAUCGUCUAUUGCACUGGAUAUAAGGCUGACUUCAGCAUCCUCGACCCGAAGGAUGACCCAGCGAAUAUGCCAAACCCAGAAUGGGUUGCUGCGAAGGGAGCAAGAGGCAAACCACUUCCAAGACUCUACAAGAAUGUUCUCUCUGAGAAGCAUCCGGAUUCUCUUGCCUUUAUGGGCUGCGUAGCUUUUGCAACUGGUGCAUUUCAGCUUUAUGACCUGGCAGCCAUGGCAAUUGUUCAGAUUUGGAAAGGAAGUUCACCGUUGCCCUCCACGGAGGGAAUCGCACGUUCUAUUGACGGGCAGCAUGCAUGGACAGUAGCGCUGGCCAAGGAGAGAAAUGUCAUGCCUGCAGUGGUGAACGGGAUUGAGUGGACAGCUUGGGCUGAUCGUACUGCUGGAACCGGUGUGGAUGAAUACUUGGGCUGGGGCUGGAAGGGGUGGAAGUUCUGGCUCCAAGAGCCUAGAUUUUGUAGUAUGCUGAUGGGAGGCAUCUACAGUCCACACAUGUAUCGCUACUUUGACGGAAAACGGAAGAAAUGGGAUGGAGCUAGAGAAGAGAUUGAGAGGCUGAACAUCAAAAGAUUGGACAAGCCGAAGGAUCUGUAG